AUGGCCUCUUCUGAAGCACCAACACAACCAUCAGCAGAAGCUUCGACUCAAGAUUCUCAAACUCAAAGGAAUGUUAGGGCGAAAACCGAUAUAGCUUGGGGUCACGCUAAAAUUGUCCUAGACGGUGAAAAAGAAAAACCACAAUGUAUCUAUUGUAACAAAGUUAUAAAGGGAGGUGGAAUUAAUAGAUUAAAGUUACACUUGGCUGGAGAAACUGGACAAGUCGAAGCAUGCAGCCAAGCUCCUGAAGAAGUCCGCUUUAAGAUGAAACAAAAUCGUGAAGAGACAAGGCUCAAGAAAAGAAAAACUGAACAUGCAAUAGGUAAUGAAGAGAUAGGUAAUGAAGAGCAAACACAAAGAGGACAACCUAGGUGUAGGUCAGUGGUUGUUGCAUCUCAAAAGGGAACGAACAAUGGAAGCUUUGAUAAUUACUUUUUGCCUAGAACAACUCCUGGAUCACAGCCUACUAUAAAAAGUGUUUUGCAAACCAAGGAAGUUGUAGAAAAGUGUGAUCUUUCACUUGCAAAAUGGUUCAUUGCUGCAUCUAUUCCCUUCAAUGCAGCAAAUUCACCAUAUUUUCAGUCUGCGGUCGAUGCUCUUUGUUGCAUGGGAGCCGGAUAUAAAGCUCCUUCUAUACAUGAUUUGCGUGGUCCUUUGCUAAAUAAGUGGGUUGAUGAAACAAAGAAAAAGAUAGAGAAAUACCGUGAGAUUUGGAAGACUACUGGUUGUACUCUUAUGGCAGAUGGGUGGACUGACGGGGAACAGUUUUUUAUCAAAUCUGUUGAUGCUUCUGGUGCUUCAAAAACUAGUGAGAUGUUGUUUAAGCUUUUCAAGGAAGUAGUGUUAUAUAUUGGCCCUGAAAAUGUUGUUCAUAUAGUGACAGAUAAUGCUGCAAACUAUGUUGCUGCUGGUAGGUUAUUGGAAAAAGAGUUCCCUGGCCUGUAUUGGUCUCCUUGUGCAGCUCAUUGCAUUAACUUGAUGUUUCAAGACAUUGGAAAAUUACCUGAAGUUAAAGAGGCAGUUUCACAUGCCACAAAUGUUACCAAGUAUAUAUAUAAUCAUUGCUAUCCAUUGUAUUUGAUGAGGAAAUUUACUCAUGGAAGAGAGAUACUUCGUCCUGCUCCAACUCGCUUUGCCAGUAAUUUCAUUGCUUUGCAGAGUAUUUUGUCUCAGAAAAAUGCACUUAGAGCCAUGGUAACAUCUCAAGAAUGGACAACUUCUGCUUAUGCAAAAGAAGCCAAGGCCAAACAAUUUGUGGAACAAGUCUUGAACACUAACUUUUGGACUGCUUGUGCUGACAUAGUGAAACUCACAGAACCACUUGUAGGUGUGUUGCGUCUCGUGGACAGUGAAGAUAAACCUUCUAUGGGUUUUCUUUACAGAAAUAUGUAUAAGGCUAGAGAGGAGAUGGUGAAGAGGUUUCAAAGAAAUAAGACAAAAGUGGAGCCUUACUUGAAGAUCAUAGAUGAUCGAUGGGAUUCACAACUUCGAAAAAAUCUUCAUGCUGCUGGUUAUUGGUUAAAUCCAUCUUGUAGAUUCAGUCCUGAGUUUGAGAAACACAAGUCCACCACAUCUGGUCUUAUAGAUGUCAUUGAAAAGUAUGCUCGUAAUAAUCAUGAGUUGCGAGCAAAGUUAAAUACAGAGACAAGUAUAUUUAGAAAUUCUGAGGGCGACUUUGGAAGGAAAUCUGCUAUAGAAGCUCGAAAUUCACCAUUUCCAGGUAUCUUACAUUUCAUUAUGAAUGGUGGGAACUUUACGGAUGUCAAGCACCACAUUUGCAAAAAUUGGCAAUUCGGGUUCUAA